AGGUAAAGCCACCCCUGACAGCGCAGCAUCUCGUUUGUUUUUAUCUCGCACAUCAUCUCCUUCAUCAUCUUCUGCGCGCACACAACUCUUUCCUUCUCUCUCUUACUCAACAUUUCUCAACUUUCACUUCUCCUUCACAGCUAUCAUAUUCUCGUCCUCCACCUCUCUCUCUCCUCCGUCCUCCCCCCCUAUUAUUUAUUGCAGGCUUACCGGAUGGUAUCUUAAUUCCUUUUUUUUCUUCUUCUUCUUCUUCCUCCUCCCAUCCUCUCUCCCUUGCAGAGCAGUGCUAGUACUAUUUUUUUGCCAGGUUUCUUCUUGUACUAGUGUUCCUCUCGGCCUCCUUCUUCUUCAUCUCUGCCUGCCUGCCUGCCUAGCUAGUGCGUCUUCUCCCUUUCUUUCUUUUUUGCCCUCUCUCCUCCUUGUCUGUCUUUCUUUCCGGUUGUCCUGCUGGCCUUCCGUCUUUUUCACCUCCUGCUCAUGUACUGAUCAUUCCAUCACCUCCAUACCCUAUGCCCCAGGGGUAACACACUAGCAUGCAGCAGCAGCAGGGAGGAGGAGGAGGGCCGGGGCAGCAGUUCGGCUUGCAUCCGCCGGAGAUGCCGCCAUUCUCGCCGGCCGGGCAGCGGAUCUCGAUGGCGGAGGCGCCCUCGCCCAUCAGCAGCCGCCCCCCGGCCCCACCGGGUCAGCAGCAGCUCAGCAGCAACGAGCUAGCGGGCGCCGCCGCCGCCAUGAGCUUCGACGAAGAGGCGCUGGCGGCCGGCGAGGAAGGCGGGGGCGGCGGCUCCGGCGGCAACCGGUGGCCGCGGCAGGAGACGCUGGUGCUGCUCAAGAUCCGGUCCGACAUGGACGCCGCCUUCCGGGACGCCACCCUCAAGGGACCGCUCUGGGAAGAAGUCUCCAGGAAGCUGGCGGAGGAGGGGUACCGGCGGAACGCCAAGAAGUGCAAGGAGAAGUUCGAGAACGUGCACAAGUACUACAAGCGCACCAAGGACAGCCGCGCCGGCCGCAACGACGGCAAGACCUACCGCUUCUUCCAGCAGCUCGAGGCCCUCCAAGGCGCCACGCCCGGAGCCGGGGCGUCCUCGGUCCCGCCGCCGGCCACCGCCGUGCGGGCCCCGGCCGAGCCUCCGCCGCAGCCUGUUGUUGCUGGUGCCAUGCCGACGCCGAUGGGCGUCGGCAAUCUGAGCUUCUCGACAUCCAACACGGAGGAAUUCUCCGAGGACGAGGACGAGGAAGAUGACUCGGACGACGAGGGCACGGACGACAUGGCCGUGGUUGGGAACAAGAGGAAGCGGAUGUCGUCGGACGGAGUCGCGGCGGCGGGGGGGCAUAAUAACAAGAAGAUGAUGCGCUUCUUCGAGGGGCUGAUGCGGCAGGUGAUGGAGCGGCAGGAGGCGAUGCAGCAGCGGUUCCUGGAGGCCAUCGAGAAGCGGGAGCAGGACCGGAUGAUCCGGGAGGAGGCCUGGCGGCGGCAGGAGAUGGCCCGCCUCGCCCGCGAGCAGGAGACCCUCGCCCAGGAGCGCGCCAUGGCCGCCUCCCGCGACGCCGCCGUGCUCGGCUUCAUCCAGAAGAUCACGGGCCAGUCCGUCCCCAUGCCCAUGGCGCCGCCGCCGCCCUCCAUCGCCUUCAUGCCGCCACCGCCGGCGGGGUCCCACCCCACGCCCAUCUCCUUCUCCGCCGCGCCGCCAUCGUCGUCCCAAUCGCCGGCCACGCAGGCCUCGCCGCGGCCGCAGAAGCCGCCAAUGCCGCUGCCCACGCCGGCGCCGCAGAAGACGCCGGUGCCGGCCACACCGCCGCCGCAGCAGCAGAGCGGCGGCAUGGAGAUGGUGGUCUCGGCGCCGGCGGGCGGGGAGCUGCAGCUGCACGACGGCGGGUCGGGGUCGGCUUCGUCUUCGAGGUGGCCCAAGGCGGAGGUGCACGCGCUGAUCCAGCUGCGGAGCAACCUGGACACGCGGUACCAGGAGGCCGGGCCGAAAGGGCCGCUGUGGGAGGAGAUCUCGGCGGGGAUGAGGCGGAUGGGGUACAGCCGGAGCUCCAAGCGGUGCAAGGAGAAGUGGGAGAACAUCAACAAGUACUUCAAGAAGGUCAAGGAGAGCAACAAGAAGCGGCCCGAGGACUCCAAGACCUGCCCCUACUUCCACCAGCUCGAGGCGCUCUACCGCAACAAGCAGCAAGCCGCGCUCACCUCGCCAUCCGCCGCCGCGGCGCCCUUGCCGGCCCUUGCAGCUCCCCCGCCGCCGGAGCCGUUCACCGUCGCGGCGCCCAUCUCGCAGACGCCGCCGACGACGACGCACGCCUUGCAGCAGCCGGCCGCGGCGAAGAACGGCGCGGGCAACGGGCACGGGAACGGGAACGGCAGCGGCGUCGCAGCCUGCUCAGAAGGAGGCAGCGUCUCGGCCGGUGGAAUGCAGGCAAGCAACGGGUUCUUCGGCGAAGCCGGCGUGGCGGCGAAGAAGCCAGAAGGCAUGAUGAAGGAGACGAUCAUGGAGCAGAGGCAGCAGGCACAGGCGGCCCCGAUCAGCAGCAGCUACAACAACCGAGCCGGCGUCGUCGACAGCGACAACAGCAUGGACGACGAAGACGACUACGACGACGAAGACGAGGAGGACGACGAUGACGACGACGUGGACGGGAACAAAAUGCAGUACGAGAUCCAGUUCCAGAGCCAGCAGCACCACCAGCUUCAUCAACAGCACCACCAGCACAACAACCACAACGUCGUCAGGCCGAACGCCGGCGCGGCCGGCGGCGGCAACCAGCCAGGCGCCGCUGCUCCUCCCAGCGCGGCAUCGGCGGCGGCCGCGACGACGACGGCCGGGUCUUUCCUGGGCAUGGUCCAGUAGACCCACCCAUCCUUCGGCCAUAUGAUUCACUCUCCCCGGUGAUAUAUCGACUCUUUCUUUUCUUUGCCCAUACCUCCCUUCCCCAGUCAAUUAAUUCAAUCAAUGGCUUCUUCUUCUUCUUCUUCUUCUUCUUCUUCUUCUUCUUCUUCUUCUUCUUCUUCUUCUUCUUUCUUUCUUCUUCUUCUUCAGUUCCUCUUCAAUCCCUCCUACCUCUUUCUUUCUUGUACCAUCUGUAUCUACCUACAUGUCGCCUCCAUGCCCCCGUCCAUAUCUCCACACCUCGACACCUAAAACCUCAAGAGCUCUCCUCCUCCUCCGAUCCAAGCUCCGGCACUCCUCAUGCACGUAGCAACGCGAGAUGACAUGUCCAUGUCAGAAUCAUUUCGCCAUGCAUGCGCAUCGUCGUUGUUGCUACCCCGAGACAUAUAUAUAUCCUUCUCCCCGUCGUCCCAGAUUUAUACACCCAGUGUAGCUAUGCUGCAUUCGUUUCUUGAUUCGUUACCGUGAUUACUACAGUGGUUUUAUUCGCACUCUCUUGUCACAGUAAAAAAAAUGGUGGCCGGUCUGGUUAUUUAUUGAUUUGUUGUGGUAAUUAAUAAGAACACCUUCCUGCUGUGGUGGUUCAUCACUGAGAAGGUUAAUUGAGUUGGUGCCGUCAAAAGAUCAGCGGUAAUAAGCUAAAUCGAAUGAGCUCUCGCGGUGAACUUUUUUUGAAGAGAAGACUAUGCAUGUAGUGUGGUGCACGUGCCUCUGUUUACUUCGGUAAAUUUUUGGUGCAUGAGGAUACUGCUCUACAGUACGGUACUAUAUGUUGCAAGGGAGCAGUGAAAAAAAAAAGAGAAUUAAGUAUGGUACUCGCAGGCGUUGAGGAAGAAGGUGCUGGAGACAUGAGGAUCUUUUUUUUUCCUUUCCAUUGUUUCAUCGUUUUCUCUAUAUAUAUUUUGAGGUUACAUAAAUUAAUUGUCCAUUAUGUAUUACCGAAGGGUUUUUUCUUACCCCAACUGUUUCUCUUACUGAAUUUUACAGUGUAUACUUGGGACAUAUUAUAUGUUAAAUUCUUGCAAUAUUCUUGUGCCGGCAUUCUUCUAA